AGACGUGAAGCGGAGGAGGAUGACGACGACGACGAAGAAGAAAAAGCGGCCGGAAAACGCCAUUUUAUUGUUGUACAGAUUCAGCGAAGAAGGAUCGAGAAACGUCAGCAAAGGUCAGCCAAGAUGGGGAAUUUUGCUAGCCUGUUUAAAGGACUGUUCGGCAAAAAGGAGAUGAGAAUCCUGAUGGUCGGACUGGAUGCCGCUGGAAAAACCACCAUCUUGUACAAGCUCAAAUUGGGGGAAAUUGUUACCACAAUUCCUACCAUUGGUUUUAAUGUUGAAACCGUAGAAUUCAAGAACAUCAGUUUUACGGUGUGGGAUGUCGGUGGUCAGGACAAAAUCAGGCCGCUGUGGAGGCAUUAUUUCCAAAACACACAAGGGCUCAUCUUUGUAGUGGACAGUAAUGACAGGGAGCGCGUUGGAGAGGCCAAGGAAGAGCUGAUGAGAAUGCUGGCCGAGGAUGAGCUGAGGGAUGCAGUGCUGCUGGUGUUCGCUAACAAACAGGACCUUCCCAAUGCCAUGAAUGCAGCUGAGAUCACGGACAAGCUGAGCCUGCACUCCCUGCGCCAUCGUAACUGGUACAUCCAGGCCACAUGCGCUACCAGCGGAGACGGGCUCUAUGAGGGUCUGGACUGGCUCUCGAGCCAGCUAAGGAACGCCAAAUGAUCCGUCCGUCUUCCUCCCGUUCUGUCAGCUCUGUCUGCAGUGUUUUUGGGAAGCUGCACUGGCCCCGGUCACUCUCUCGCUCCUUUUCUGUUUCCUCCAAACUGUUGGACUUUGGCCAGUGCUCCCCUGCAUCCAUGUACUGUAUGUGUGUGUUUGAAUAAGCGUUUUUGAGGGAGUGAAUGAGUGUUGGCUUGUGUGUGUGUGUGUGUGUGUGUGAGCUAAGUGGGAGCAGCCCUGCUGUGCCUUGAACACAGUAUGCUCUCAGUCACCUCAUUGCUCUAGUGUCAUCCCAUCCAAAGGCGCUGGUUUCCACAAAGCAAAAAGCAACACAAGAUGCUGAGCGCUCUGUGUUAUCUACAAGAAUGUUUAAGAGACAAACCAAAUAACGAUUAAGUUUUAACAUCUGAUGAUGUCACAAAAGCCUUUUGAUAUGUUUCAGAUGCACCACCUAACAUUUGACAUUAAGUUGAUUUUGUGUCUUUUGAAGAUCGAAAAGAAAGAGCUUGAAAAAUCUCAAAAUAUCUCAGCUGCAGCUUUUUAAUUAACAGAAUAUAACUCUGUUUGCCACCAAUUUCUGUGAAGAUUUCCCUAAUUUCUUCAGCCCCACCUCUGAAAGAUGUCACAUAGUCUGGUAGUCUUUUCUCAUUUAGUCCGCAAAGGAUUAAAAGGUCCACGGUGCCUGGUUCUGAAGAAGGCAAUAAAUGUUACAGCGCAUGUUUACAUUUGUGAAGGAGUGAAACUACUGCAUGGUUUGUGGUUGUGUGUGUCCUCUGGGCCUGUGUGGGCUCUGGCUACGCCGUGCCCAUCGCGAUGAUGAGGCCUUUUUCCGCUUUGGUAAGAGUUGCUCCCACUCCGGCUCUUUAUUUACUCGUAGACCUCUAGUUUGUUUGUCUUGUGAGCGUUUUCUUUGGUUAGGGCCUGCUUUCAUGAUCUUUUUUUUAUUUACAUUUUCAUAUCAAUGUUACCGUUUGUCCGCGUAUGCCGUCGUUCGCUUUUGUGUGAGCCGCCGGCCGUUGUACUUAUUUUCUUAUGUUUGAAUAAAAAAAUGCUUUUGGGACCAAUCGGUUUUUCUCCAGAAAGGGCUGUUCAGUUCAGGUUUGGAUUUGUCCGUAAAGCGCCGGCUUUCCUCAGAGGAGCUGUGAUGGAUGGUACGUUGAGUCGGGCGCGUGUCAGCGGGCCCUGUGCGGGCUUGCCCCCCCCCCCCCCCGUUUAUUCACAUCACAUUCUGCCAUCUCACAAACCCGUCAGCUUACACAACACGGGCUCGUGUGAAGAUAGCUAUUUAUCGCUCAGCCAUUGCAGUGAACCCACACAACUCCUCAUCACUCUACACCAGCAGACAGUUGAAAUGUGCAAGUCAAAGUGUUUUUCCACUUUAGCGGAUCAGUUUCCCUCAAACCCAGAGAAGCCAGUAUUGAACAGUCUACAGCCCUGAGCGAGUGAGGAGGACUUAAACUGACCUCAGCAGGGAGCUUUGUGUUCCCCUUUUUCUUUUUCUUUUUUUUCUAUAACUGGACUGAUAGUUUCUUUGAAAGUUGGGAUGGAAUGACCAAUUCUCCAUGUGUUACAGUGUCUAAUUUAAAUAGAGGAGAUAUAAUCUGGUAAAUGGCAAAAAUAAAGAAAAGAAAUGUGUUUUAACUUGGCAUCUCCUACGUUGUUCAGAUGUGAAGCUUUAAUUUGCAAAAUGGUUUCUGUACGGUUGACAUGCUGUGUUUAAUGUAUUUCUUUUACGUCUUUUUAAACUCAUCCUGUAACAUCUGAUAAAUGCACUAUAUUAAAGAGAAUCUCUAUUAUAAACUCCUCA